UUUACAGCUUGGCAGUACGGAAAGAUUUCAUCAUGGGAAUCAGACAAGUACACACAAGGAUAUGGCUGCUGUUAGUCAGCUUCCUCUGUCUCUCUGUCUAUGGAAAAACUUCAGGACCAUAUUUCAUUGUGACAUUUCCUGCAGUAAUAGAGGCUGGCUCUAAUGCUAAAUUGUGUGCGAGUCUUCUGAAGCCUAAUGAGACUCUACAAAUCAACGUUUAUCUGAUUCACAACAACCAGAGCAGAACUCUUUUACAUGAGACAGUGGAAAAGGACUUUCACCACUGGUUUCAUUUUAAGGCUCCAGAAGUUGAGGGUGAGUCAGUGCAGGAGAUUAAAGUAGAAGUCACAGGUGAAAGUUUUAAGAUGACAGAGAAAAGGAAAGUAAUGUUUAAAUCCUAUGACACAUUGGUACUUAUUCAGACUGACAAACCCAUCUACAAUCCAGGCCAAACAGUAAAUUUCAGAAUUGUUGCUAUGGAUUCUAACUUUAUUCCCCUUGAACAAAAAUACAACACAGUGAGUCUCCAGGAUGGUAAACAUAACAGGAUUGGUCAGUGGACAAAUGUAUCCACAGCAGGAUUGAUACUACAGCUGUCUCAUGAACUAAAUGCUGAGGCUUCAAAGGGAGAUUAUCAGAUAAUUGCUGAAACUGGAAACAGGUUGAUAAAGCACAGAUUUAAGGUGGAACAUUAUGUUUUACCCAAGUUUGAGGUUACAGUAAAAGCACCAGAAGAACACAGUGUCAGUGAGGAGGAAUUGAAGCUAGAAGUUUGUGGAAAGUAUACUUAUGGACAACCAGUAGCUGGUCAAACAGUGGUGCAGGUGUGCCGCCAAUUUAGGACAGGUCAUAAUGAGGCCUCGAUGAUUUCACCAUGCCAGAGCGAAACGGUGGAGAUGAGUCAGACAGGCUGUUCAUUAAUUAUCAUCAGUGUGUCAACCUUCAUGAAUACUGAAUUUGAACAAAAUUUAAAGAAUCAGCUUGUUGCUACAGUUACACUCACAGAGGAAGGAACCGAUAUUUCAAUGCUGAAAUCUAAAAAUAUAAAGCUUUCUUUCAAAAUCGGUAAAGUGGAAAUCCUUGAUUCGCCAAAAAACUUUGAGCGGGAAAAAUUUAUAAAAGGAAAGAUUAAAGUUACUACCUACAGUGGAGCACCAGUUCCUAACAAGAAAGUGUAUCUUUUAGAAGGUGAACAGUGGUCUCAAACACUAGUACUCACUUCUAAUCUUACUACGGAUAGUAAUGGCUUUGCAAACUUCUCAGUCCCUUCACCUGAACAUCCUAAAACAGGAAUAACAUUGAUGGCAAGUGUCUACCCAGAAGCAAAAUACCCAAUACGGAAGACACCAUACUUUUCGAAUGCUGCUGUACAUAUACAGCUGUUCCAACCUGCUACACCUUACAGUGCAGUGUUCAGUGAACUGUCAAUAGAGAGCUCAGAGGAACCAUUUAAAUGUGGUGCUGAAAUUCCUAUAACCAUUAACUACCGUAUCAUUGGGGAAACAUCUGAAAGUUACAGUAUUGAUCUUUUAUACAUGGUCUUAUCUAAAGGAGCCAUAGUACAUCAUGGGCAUGAGACAGUUAAAGUGGAAGAGUCUACAGAUGUCAGAAAAGGAAAAAUCUCAUUUAAGUUAUCUGUUGUUACUGAGCUGGCUCCUGAGGUGCAGGUUGUGGCGUACUCUGUUCUGCCCAGUGAGAACAUCAUGGCUGCUAGCAAGAAAUUUUAUGUGGAAAAAUGCUUCAGAAAUACGGUUUCACUACAGUUCUCUCCCUCUAAAGCAAUUCCAGGUGAGAAGAACACUCUCGAGCUCUCAGCUCAUCCUGGUUCAUUGUGUGGCCUCAGUGCUGUAGAUCAGAGUGUAUUCAUCUUGGAGCAUGGAAACCGUAUAAAUGCUGACAAGAUUUUUAAUUUGUUACCAGUGAGAUCAGUACAUUAUCCCUAUAUAGUUGAAGAAGAAAUGGAGUGCUUGCCUGUUAGAACUCGACGGGAUGUACCGACUGACCAGGUUCACCGUAUAUUAAAGGGUGUGUGGUUGAAGAUGGCAACAAACUUGGCUGUAAGACAACCUCACUGUUUGAAAUACAAAGGCAUGCAGUAUUUUCGUAGGCGUAUACAAAUGCGAACAGGGUUAAGAAGUAAUGAAGUAAUGUAUGAUGCAUUAAUAUCAUCCUCACAAGUUGGACGCAUCAAAACAGUUCGCAAAUUCUUUCCAGAAACUUGGAUAUGGCAACUUGUUGAAGUGGGAGACUCUGGAUCAGUACCGCUUCCUGUCACUGUUCCUGACACUAUCACCACUUGGGAGACAGAGGCUCUCUGUGUGUCCUCUAAGGGUCUGGGUCUGGGUCCUCCUGUUCAGCUCACAGUGUUUCAGCCCUUCUUCCUGGAGCUCUCACUGCCCUACUCCAUUAUCCGGGGAGAGGUUUUUGAGCUGAAGGCCACUGUCUUCAAUUAUCUUUCCAAAUGCAUUAUGGUUAAAGUGACUCCAGCCCCUUCCUCAGAUUACACUCUGGAACCAUCUUCUGAUGGCGAUUAUUCAUCCUGCCUGUGUGCAAAUGGUAGAAAGACCUUCAAAUGGACUCUAAUUCCCUCUGUGCUUGGAGCCCUGAAUGUGACAGUGAGUGCAGAGGCAGAACAAUCCCAGAGUGUGUGUGAUAAUGAGAUUGUGAGUGUUCCAGAAAGAGGCCGCAUUGACACAGUUAUUCGAAGCCUCAUUGUACAGGCUGAAGGAACUGAGAAGACAACAAGCCAAAGCUGGUUAUUAUGUCCACAAGGUAACAGUGUUUCAGAAGUGUUAGAGCUGACUCUUCCUGAGGAUGUAAUAGGAGGAUCAGCACGAGCUUCAGUUUCAGUGCUUGGUGACAUACUUGGCCAUGCAUUAAAAAAUCUGAAUGGGCUGUUAAAGAUGCCAUAUGGCUGUGGAGAACAAAACAUUGCUAUCCUUGCCCCCAAUAUCUACAUUCUUCAGUAUCUAGAAAACACUGAGCAGCUCAACACAGAUAUCCGUGAGAAGGCUAGUGGUUUCCUUAAGAGUGGAUACCAGAGGCAGCUAAACUAUAAACAUUUUAGUGGUGGAUAUAGCACAUUUGGUAGCGGAGAGGAGAACACAUGGUUAACUGCGUUUGUCUUAAAGACUUUUGGCAAAGCACAACGUUACAUCUUUAUUGAUCCAGACAUCAUUAACAGAACAAAGCAAUGGCUCAUAGGUAUGCAGAGAUCAGAUGGCUGUUUUAUACAACAGGGAAAUCUGUUCAAUAAUAGAAUGAAGGGUGGUGUAAAUGAUGAAGUGACCAUUACUGCCUACAUUACUACAGCAUUCCUUGAAUUGGGCAUUACAGUCCAGGAUCCUGUUGUGAAUAAAGGGCUGUUGUGCUUGCAAUCUUCUAUUGGUAACCUGAGAAACACCUACACCACUGCACUCUUGGCCUACACUUUCAGUCUGGCUGGAGAGAAGGACAUUCGGGCGCAGCUACUAAAAGAGUUAAAUAGUAUUGCGAUUACAGGAGAUGGACGUCUUCACUGGUCUCAGUCAGCAUUAGAUGGCUCCAGCUCAUUGUCAGUGGAAAUCAGCUCCUAUGUGCUGCUAGCUGUUCUCAGUUCAAGUCAAAUCACUGCUGCUGAUUUGGGCUAUGCUAAUAGGGUAGUCAGCUGGCUGGUGAAGCAGCAAAAUCCCUAUGGAGGCUUUUUAUCCACCCAAGACACAGUCGUGGCUCUCCAAGCUCUGGCUCUGUACUCCACUAAUGUGUUCAGCUCAGAAGGCUCUAGCACAGUAACUGUAAAGUCAGCAGAUGGAGACAGUCAUAACUUUGAUGUGAACCAGAACAACAAGUUACUGUACCAAGAAAGAACAUUGCAGGAUGUUCCUGGUACAUACAGCAUUGACGUGACGGGCUCCGCCUGCGUGUCAGUGCAGGCAGCACUUUUCUACAAUGUCCCCACACCUACUUAUGCCAGUACACUGAGCAUCACAGCUACAACUGAUGGAAACUGCACAAAAUCAUUCCAAUACACUCUGGCAAUCAAUUUCACUGUCACAUUUAAUGGGGCACUUAACAGCACUAACAUGAUUAUAGUGGACAUAAAACUUUUAUCAGGGUUCACAGCAGAUCCUGGUGAACUGAAAAAUCAAAUUUUGGUUCAACGAGUUGAUUCCAAAGAUGAUCAUAUUAUCAUGUAUAUCAAAGAGCUCCAAAGGGAUAUUCCUAUCAGCUAUCAGCUACACAUUAAGCAGGUGCUUCCUGUCAAGAACCUCAAGCCAGCGUUGAUCAAAGUUUAUGAUUAUUACCAAACAAAUGACCAAUCUGAGACGGAGUACACCUCCCCCUGUGUCUAAGCUUCCAGAUCUGCAUAAAAGAUUCAGAAAAGCUUUGGAUAUCUUCUGUGUCCUGGUUCUAUCUUAUGCAUAAAGCUUUUUUUGUGAUGUUUGAUAUUUGUUAAUGUAAUUUGAUGUUACAUUACUUCUGUUUUUGACAUUCAUUCAUAAUAGUCAGUGACUUUAAUAAAUUAUUGAUAAAUGCGGUCCAAUAUUUGUAGAGUCCAAUGUUUGCACAUGGGGACAUUGUGACAUCAUUCAGCUACUGCUGAUAUUACAGUUUUAUCUUUUAAAGGGUUUGUUUGUUUUUUUUGCAUAAAAUUAAUUACAUCAAGAAAGCAUUGUCUUUCAAUAUACAACGUUUUGAUCAGCACUCUAAAACUCAAAUGACACACAUUUGUCAUGGUUUAAUCACUUUGGUUUAAUCACUAAUCAUCUAGCUCAGGGGACAUGGAACCCACUCCAAUAGAGUUUCUAACCAGGACAAAUAAAUAGAAAUAUUUAGGAGGAAAAAAAAGACUUAGUCUGUCCUAUUCCACUAGGGGGCAAAAUAUAGCAAUAAAUGCAAGGCUAUAAACUUACUGUAACUGAGGUUCAUCCCAAAAGAAUAAAUUUAGAGAUUUCACAGCAGCAGGGGUGUAUAUGUGAAUACAUAAUAUACAUGUGUGUGUGUGUGUGUGUGUGUGUGUGUGUGUAAUACCACAUACAUCUAAAAUUAGGCUAGGUACAUCACACAGAGAUAUUUUUUAUUUUUAUUCAAAGUGAAUUAUCUUAGGGAUUCUCAGUCAGAAAUCCCUUGUGCUCUCCCCAAUGUCCUGUUCGAAAAGCAAAAGGGCAUGUAUUUAGACCAUAGGAGCUAAAUGGUUCCUGGUAUACUAGGGUGUAUACAGCGCAUUACAGCUUGAGUCAUCAGUGUUUUAAUAGGGCCAGUAGUAGCUCAAGUGGUUAAGACUCUAGGCUGUUGAUUGGAAGGUUGGGGUUCAAGCCCCAGCACUGCUGAGCUUAACCCUUACUUCUCUAGGGACACUUCAUCAUGGCUGACCCCUACUGCCAAAGCUGGGGUAUGCAAACAAAAAAUUUACUGAGCUAUAAUGUAUAUGUGACAAAUGAUUUGAUUCCAGUUAAUUGAGAUUUACAUUUAAUUCAGUCUUCUUAUGUAUAAGUUUAUAGCAGUAAUAGGAUACAAACUUUUUAACUUGCGGUAUUUUCAUGAAUACCAAAUGAUCUUGUGUAAGUGCUCCCAUGAAUGAUUUCUGAAUAAAUCUGUUCAUAUCCAGCUUGAUAAAUGAGGCACACUGUCAGCACUUACACUCUGCCUUUAUUUGCAAAGUAUUAAACUGAUGUAUUUGCUAUAAAACAAUCAUGGCAGCCACAAAGUUUUUUUUAAACUAAACAACUCAUGUAUAAACCCUGCCAAUCUUGUCAUUAACUGUCCUGUCUGAUGCUACUCUUCCACCAAAAAUGGGUGUGUGGCAGUGUGAUUCAUUCCCAGAUAGGUUUUACCACUAGUGAAAAAUAUAUUAUUAACUCUUCAGUGAUAAAUAGUGCAUUGAGUGAGCUGCGCUAUGAUUCUGCAACAUCAUGAAAGACAGUUACGUCAAUGGAACAUGGGCUUAUAUUUAUUCACAGGAAUUCAACUCAAUAUGAAAUGUAAAAUGUAAGUGUGAAUAAGCACUUUAUAAAUAUUAACAUUCAUGUAUGUACAAGCUACUUCUGCAUAUUGGCAAAAUUCCUUUACUAACUAGAAAUCAAUUAAUUUUUUUUUUUUCAUUAUAAUUGGAGCAAUUUGUGUUUGUGUGUGUGUGUGUGUGUGUGUGUGUGUGUGUGGUGUGCUUUGUGAAACUUUGGCAUGAUCAAGUACCGUUACCACCACACAGGUUCCCAGUUUGAUCCUGUAGUCAGUUUCCUUGCAUGUGUUUUCUGUGUCUGUGUGGGUUUCUACCAGGUCAUGUGAUUCCUGCCUCAAAUGCAGUGUUCCCAGGAUAGGCACCAGACUCUGUUACCUUGACCAGGAUAAUGUUUUUACUGAUUGAUCCUUUGAAACAUUUAGAAGGUUUAGAAGUUUGGAAAACUUUCACCUUUUACUCAUUGCAGUGUUGUUACCAUACGGCUUACAUGUAGCAAGAACUCAAGAAAGUAAUGAAAAUGAACUUGUAUUCAUAGAUUUGUAUUUGUAUUAGAAAUUUCAUAAUGAACUUGGAUGAUGUGAAGUCCUCUUUUCUUUGGUUGUCAAAUCUGUGCCUGUUAAAAUUGAUGAACUCAAAUAUCUCACAUAAUGCAAUCACUGUCUGUGAUAGAUAUACUGUAAAUCUUCCUUUGGCUCAUACUGGUUGGCUUUUAUACUCAAUUCAUGACAAUUUCAUUUAUUCACUU